GUGCAACAAUACAUGUGAAUAAGAAACAGUUGUGUGCGCGCACGUGUACGGUGUGUGAUGUGUGUAUAUAUGCCUCUGUGUACGUAUGUGUGUCGAAUCGUGCGCGCAUUUCUGACGUGAACAUGACGCGAACAUGACGCGAUUUUGUGGAAGAUAAUCGCCUUUAUGUGUGUGAGAGAAGUUUGCAAUAACUUUAAGUACAACAAUAUAAUAAACAAGAAAACAAAUGUAAAUAUAUACUUGCAUAUUUAUGCAAAACACACACAAGCUUGAUACAAUAAAUUGAGGAACGAUAAGAAUGUUUCGUGGAAAAAUUAUUUGGAUCUGUUGAGUGUAUACAUUUUCCUUGCGUCGCAAAUCUCUUGUAAUUAUUUUCUACAGGAAAAACUUUCGAUUCGAACAGUGUGAGAAUUUAUAGCAGAUGUAACAAAAGGCCCGUUGUGUUGAUCUGCAACUUUCGUUUCUGAUCUGUGACUGUCAGUGAUUGACUUGGUUAGUGAUGUCACUAAUAUAUCGCACUGAAAGUUGAGUAUAAUUUACAUAUACAGGUGAAGAGAAACUUCACCAUGUGGUCCUUCUUUUCGAGAGAUCCCGCCAAAGAUUUUUCAUACGAGAUCGGAGAACCCAUUCCAGGCUUGCAAAACAAAAGCAUAUGGACUUUACAUAGAGCUAAAAGAAAGGGUACCACAGCAGGUGAGGAUGUUUCGGUUUUUGUCUUUGAUAUUAAAAAUGGUGGAGAGCAGCAACUGGAUAUUGCUCGCGCUGCUGUAAAGAGACUUAAAACUCUCAGACAUCCGAGUAUACUUGCAUAUCUUGAUAGCCUUGAGACUGAAAAAAUGGUUUACUUGGCAACAGAGCGUGUAGAACCUUUGUACAAUCGUUUAACACAGAAAUGCAAUUCUGAAAAUGCAUCGAAAAAAGAAUUAUACUUCUCCUGGGGUAUAUUUCAAAUUACAAGGGCACUUAACUUCUUAAAUAAUGACGGAAAUUUACGGCAUAAUAAUGUCAAUCUGUGGACAGUGUUUGUUAAUGAAGAGAGCGGUGAGUGGAAACUUGGUGGAGUCGAAUAUAUGACAGCUGCUGAUGCGCCGUACAAUUCCUUACCGCCUAUUUUUCAAGUAUAUCAACCGCCAGAAGCCAAAGAAAAUGCAAAACUGGUAACUAAAUGCUCAGUUGACAUGUGGGGACUGGGCUGCCUGAUCUGGGAAACAUACAAUGGCACUCUCAACAUUAGUUCACAACUUAAAGUUACAGGCCAAAUUCCGAAGCAGAUAACAGCAGUGUAUCGAGAGCUCACGGGAGCUAAUCCGGAAGGAAGACCGAAUCCAGCGGAUGUGAUAGCGCGAUGCCGCACCAACGGUGGUUUCUUCAAGAACGAUCUCGUCGAUGCUCUGUUAUUCCUGGAGGAAAUCCAAAUGAAGGAGAGAGGUGAGAAAGGACGUUUCUUUUCGCAGCUGGCCGGUCAAUUGGAUUCGUUCCCGGAUGGUGUCGGUAGGUAUAAGAUCUUGCCGCAAUUACUGGCCGCCUUCGAGUUCGGUGACGCCGGAAGCGCGGUGCUGCCGCCACUACUGCAACUGGGUUCCCAGUUACCCGACGCCGAGUAUCAACGUCGAGUGGUGCCGUGCGUCGUCAAACUGUUCGCGUCAAACGAUAGAGCGACGAGAUUACGAUUGUUGCAGCAAUUGGACCGAUUUGUCGAUCAUCUGCAAUCGGCUACUGUCAAUGAAGCUAUUUUUCCCCAGGUAGCUAGAGGCUUCCUUGACACGAACCCGGCAAUUAGAGAGGAAACGAUAAGAUCAGUCGUACACUUGGCGCCAAAGUUAGAUUACAAUAAUCUUAACGUUGAGACUUUGAGAUAUUUCGCAAAACUACAAUCAAAAGAUGAACAAGGUAGUAUUCGCACAAAUACUACAGUUUGUCUUGGAAAAAUUGCUCAACAUCUUCAUCCCCAAAUAAGGCAAAAGGUUUUGAUCGGUGCGUUUAUUCGCGGGACUCGCGACUCCUUUCCUCCAGCUCGAAGCGCAAGCAUACUCGCUCUAGCUGCGACGCAGCAAUACUUCCUGCUGCAGGAAGUCGCGAGUCGCAUUCUUCCAGCUUUGUGUCCGCUCACCACGGACGUGGACAAAGGUGUGCGAGACAACGCAUUUCGGAUCAUCCGAGGGUUUUUAUCUAAACUCGAGACCGUCUCCGAAGAUCCUGGUCUUCGCGAAUCAAUGGAGGCGGAUGUAAAUACUGCGACACCGAGUCUCAGCAACGCCGCGGCUACGUGGGCCGGUUGGGCCGUUACAGCCGUUACAGCGAAAUUUUAUCGUAGUCAAUCGGACACGCCGAAGUCAUCGAAUCCUCAUAACACGUCUAGAAUCUUAUUAAAUAAACCCGCUUCCUUAGAACAAGCCAGCAGUUCUCAGAGCAGCGCCAGCACGACCGCUACAACGAGCAGCGCGACAAGCAUGACUUCUCUCGAACCCGAUCACGAACACGACACGCAAAACACGCAGAACACGAAUUCCGAUUGUGAUUGGGAUUGUUGGGAUGCCGAUAACUGGGGGGAUAUGGAACAGCAGCCAGCCACUGCGCCAUCAAUGCCAUUAAAUCCAGUCAGUGGUAUAUCGCCGUCCGGUCACUCGCCUAAAGCUAACGAACAUUGGACCAGCCUUGAGGAGGAACCGGAGGAAGAAACUAUUCAAAGUGUUCAAGAUAAAAACGAUUCUUCCGAGAUAGGAUGGGAAGAUACGGAUUUUCAGCCUCUCGAAGAUGUUCAGCCUUUGGAGCAACCAACUAUACCUAGCGGAAACAAUAAAUUCGAGGAAGCAAGAAGAAAAAGAGAGGAGCGCAGACUAGCUAGGCAAAAACAGAUGGAGGCGAAACGAGCAGUGAAAUUACGGGCCAAUCCAACUGCGAAAAAGAUUUAAGUAAAUAAAUUUUCAUGCCGUAUAUAUUAAUUAAUCAUUCUAUUGUACAUUAAGCGAAAUUAAAUAUUACGAAUAAUAAUGUGAUGAAAGUAUUUUCUGUAUCUAUAUGAUGACUUGUCUGACAUGAGAGAGAGAGAGAGGAGUUUAUCCAAAAAAAAAAAAUGUUUUC